GCUAACAGCUUGGCAAUCAAAGCUGUGCUGUCGUACGCAACACACACAAGAGAAACCCCAUCACCAAGUCGCAGUUCAGCAACAAAAACAACAAGCGCUCUUGAGACAAGAUGAAGGCAUCGCUGGUCAUACUACUGAUAGGCGUGAUCGUCGCCCUCGCCUCGGCUAAGCCCGAUCAGAAAUACACGAACAAGUUCGACAAUGUCAACGUGGACGAAGUGCUAAACAACAAUCGCAUCUUGGAUAACUACAUCAGGUGCCUGCUGGAAAAUGGACCCUGCACGCCCGAGGGACGCGAGCUGAAGAAACUGCUGCCCGAUGCGCUCCAAUCGGAGUGCUCCAAAUGCACCGAGGUACAGCGUCGCAACUCCAACAAGGUGAUCAAUUACCUGCGUGCUAGAAGGCCCGGCGAUUGGAAGCUGCUCCUGGACAAGUAUGAUUCAAAGGGCAUCUACAGGUCCAAGUACGAGAAGAACGCCAAGCAUUAAAAAAAAGAACAUCAAAUCAAAUCAAAUUGUAUUGUCAGCUAAAAACAUACUCGUUAUUUAAACUACAUAAUAACAAUAGAAACAAAAUUAAGAUAAAAAAAAUUAUAAAACUUUAAAUUAUCUGAUCGGGGUUUUCUUUUAUCUAUUUUGCUCAUACCUAAAUACUUGCAAUGCAAAUUUUAUUACAAGAUUGAUCCAAAAU